GUUUACCGGCCGCAAAAGCUUGCUGCCACAAUCUCGUCCUUCCAUUGCCACUUCUGCAAGAGCCGCUUCGAGGUCGCCUUCAGAGUUCUCUUUCUGUCAUUUUCGGGCAUGAUAUUCCGAUGGCCCUCGACACAUGCCAAGGCCUGGACAAAUGAGAUGACUACACGCACGUAACCUGCUGCCACAAACACGGUGUGGUGUUCUGCAGUUGCGGGGGUCGGCUCAUCAGCUCUCAUCUUUCCAGAACGAUGUGAUCGUCCGAGACAGGAACCUUGGCGCUUCCAUUCGUACUCUGGAGCCCUGCGUGCUGGCUGGAGAACUUUGGAACUCAAGCUCUACAGCCAAGACGGGAACGGAGAUCAUGCCGGCGUGGCUUACAAUACCAAGCCGGUAACCCUACCGUUGAUACCACCUACGACCACAACACACCAACACAGGUGUUAGGCAUUUACCCCCUACAUGACACCUCCAUUUCUCCUCCCCCGCACACGUUGACCCCAGCCUGGUCAGCAAACGGCUGGCUGGUUUCCGGUUUCUGGGUCAAGUGUGGUGUGUGGGCUGGGGAACCCAGCUGCACCAUGUCAAUCUUGACCGCGACUGGCUAAUGUCCAUUCUCAAUGUCAUAACUUGGGAUAAUGAUGUCUGAUUCCCGGCUUCACGGCAACAAAGUGCUUGCAUGAGAGCCCGGGUUCCUAAGCUGCGGGCCCAGUGGUUCGCUUCUCCAUCCUCGCAUCCCACCCCAAGUUAGCUACAGGUUCGAAAAGGCGCCGAGAUAGGGAUGCCACCACACCAAAACCCAUUCUCCAUCUGUGAAAUACGAAAUGCAAGAAGGGUUGAGUAGUACAGACAUCUCUGCAACCUUCUCGCUGCAACCGAGAGAAAACAUGGACUCAGCCGGCUGAAGACCCAGGCAUGCAAGCGUGCUUGAUGUGUCGGAUCGCUAUCAAGGUACCUAGGUACGUACCUGAAGCUAAACAAAAUGGCUCAUGCUUAGGGCAACUCUUCCUGCGAUUUGGCUUCGGCUGUAUGCGCUCCCCCUAUUGACCCACCAAGUCCACACCCACUUUCCGAUACACACACAGAGAGACCCCAGGAACUGGAAGACCCGAGUCCCCGAGUCCGUGUGUAUCUUUCCAUGGAUGCCCGUGCUAGUGACACCCGAUAGGAGAAGGGGCCAGACAGCCCACCCCCUUGUCCAGCGCUCUGGAGGCUUCCCCCUCGUGCCUCGUGCCUGGUCUAUAUAAUUUACGCUCUGCCCCGUCUCCCGUUUCCUCUUCUCUAGCUUCCCAAAAUCAUCUCGACUGCCUCCUCACUUCUCUGACCUUCGUCUACCUUUCUUCACUCUCAGCCACUGCCAUAUAAGCGCCAGCUCUACACACACUUACACACACACACAUCUCCUCACUAUCAAGAUGUCUUCCUCACCCACCACCAGCACCCCCAACCUCUCUGCUUCCUCCAGCACGGUUGACCUCUCCCACUACGACCCCAAGGUCCGCAACCUGCUCGAGACCGGUAGCGUCAAGUUCCACAUUCGUACCGCUGGUGCCAAGUGGGAGUGCACCAUUGUCGACCGGAAUACCCACGAAAGAAGAAAGACCCUCCGCGGCGACUCCUCCUCCAUCACAACGCUUGACUCCAACCAAGCGAGCCCUUCUGCUCACUGAUUACCUACUUCACACAUUCGCGAUGUUCUCUCUGAGUUGCUGAUGGUGGUUGGUGGUGGUGCCGAUAUCGCUCAGCUGAAAGUCCCGGGAUGAGCUGAAUAGGGUUCAGGGCUUUGGGGGGUCCAAGAAUCCCGCCUCCUGGCUUUCCCCCACGAUAUUUCUCCACGAUCCCGGGAUUCGGGAUCCGGGGAUAAUUCUACCAUUGAACGGAUAUAUCGGGGGUGGAGCUGUGGUGGAUAUCCCAUCGGCACAAGCUGGAAACGCGCGCAAUUGUGGAGCUCUUUCAGCUUGUCUUUUUCGCGAGCGACUGGCUCGGGACGUCACCGUCUUCACAUCUUUCGGGAUUCCGAGAGAUCGCGG